AUGGGCCUUCUCUCCGUGGAGAAGGCCCGUCCUCUGGUCCUCCACUCCCCGCCGGCGAGGGCGUCGCGGUGGCUGAACCUUGACCGAGCGAGCUUCCUUGAGCAUCGAACCAGACAAGCCCAGGCGCAGUUCUCCCACCAGACGGCGGAGUUUGGGACCAGUGCAAUGCAAAGGGGCCAUCGGCCUGAGGCACGCUUCAAGGGGUCAAUCGCAGCAUCGCAGAUCCUUUCAACUCCCUUCGGCUGUCUCCAGACUUGGUGA